ACCUUCCUACAGUGGGUGAUUGUUCGUCCUGGGUUGCCUUAAUACCUGGUGCCGUUCGCCCCACCUGCGCCGGGUCCGCACCGAACUCGUUUCGAGAACGCAAAUAGGCGGUCGUAAUUCAAAUAUAUAAAUAUUUUAUAUAGCUUUGCUGUUUUCAUCAAAAUUUGAGCAGCUAAGAGUUCCUGUCCUUGUCUGCUUGGAGAACGAAACCGCCCAAGAUGGGUUCCCUUGAUAAUGCCACGCCCCUCGGACACGUUGAAUUUGCCUCUGAUGGGGAUUAUUCAAUCCCUGAUGUUCCAAUGGGCACCGCGCGACACCUGAAGAUUAUCUGCAUCGGAGCUGGUGCGUCUGGGCUCAAUCUAGCCUUCCAGGUCAGAGAGCACAUGCGCAGCGUCGACUUUGUCAUAUACGAAAAGAACAAAGAUGUUGGUGGUACAUGGUACGAGAAUAGGUAUCCUGGAUGCGCCUGUGAUAUUCCCGCACAUAAUUACCAAUUUUCAUGGGCUGAAAAUCCAAACUGGAGUCAAUUCUAUGCUACAUCAUCAGAAAUUUGUGAAUACUUAAAAGCGACGUCACAUAAAUACGACUUAAGACAGUACAUCCGGCUUCAACAUCAGGUUUUAGAUUGUACUUGGGAAGAGGAAAGUGGGCUGUGGAAUCUUAAUAUCAAGGACGAAAUUUCCGGUCAGGUGUUCUCAGAAACAUGCCAUUUUCUGAUUAACGGCGGAGGAUAUCUAAAUCAUUGGAAGUGGCCCAGUAUUCAAGGUAUUGACACCUUUGAGGGUGAUCUUGUGCAUACGGCAAACUGGGGAGAAGAUAUUGACCUGCGAGGCAAGAAAGUCGGUGUCAUUGGUAAUGGCUCUUCUGGAAUGCAGGUUCUUGCUGCUAUCCAUCCCGAAGUUGAGUUUCUUGUUUCAUUUUCGAGAAGCCCGACUUGGGUGACACCGAACUUCGCUGGCGAAUUUGCUGGCCCGGAUGGAGCAAACUUUGACUAUAGCGAAGAAAAGAAACGAGAGUUGUCUGAAGACCCAAAGAAAUUUUUGGAGUACCGCAAGGCGCUUGAAAAGGCGAUGACUGGAAAUUUUAAGAUUAACCUCAAAGACUCAGAAACGCAAAAGCAAACACAAGCACUGCUCAAAGAGUACAUGAUCGGAGUGUUGAAGGAGGAUAAGCUGGUCAAACACUUAGUUCCAGAGUUUGGCGUUGGUUGCAGACGACCUACCCCAGGACUGGGAUAUCUUGAGACGUUGACAAAGCCGAAUGUUCGCCUUGUCACAGAUAUGAUUUCGGAGAUUGUCCCUCAGGGAAUCAAGGUAAGGACAGGUGAAAUCAUUAAACUGGAUGUCAUAGUCUGUGCGACUGGCUUUGAUUAUUCCUGGAUCCCGCGAUUUCCUGUCACAGGGCGCAAUAAUGUGACUCUGCGUGCGCUGUGGAAGAACCGUCCUACAGCUUACUUUGGACUGGCUGUUCGCGACAUGCCCAAUUAUUUUGUGUUCCUUGGACCGGGUUCACCACUUUCUCACGGGUCCGCGCUCCCAACCAUAGAGGCAGUCACAAAGUACAUGCUCCGUAUCAUUUGGAAGGCACAAACAGAGAGUUACAAAUCUGUUGUUCCUUCGACAGAGGCAGUAACCGAGUUCAUCCAUCAUAACGACACUUUCCACCAGAAAACCAUAUGGGGAACAAAGUGUCGUUCAUGGCUGAAAGGUGGUAAAGAAGAUGGUAAGGUUUUGACUCAUCCGGGAAGCCGUAUUCAGAACAUCCACUGUCUACUCAAUCCGCGCUAUGAAGACUGGGUCUGGACUCCGCUUGCGAAGAAUCGCUUUGCGUUUAUGGGUAAUGGUAUGACCGUCCUUGAAGAGGAGGGAAGAGAUGUGACAUGGUAUAUGAAUGAUCCAAAUAUCGGAUAUGAAGGAAUUUUUUACUAGAAGUUGGUUUGGUCCAUUGUAUUAAAUGUGAAUUCUACCGUGUGAACUCC